AUGAUGCGUGCCGCCGCUGCUCUCGCAGCAUGCAUUGCCUUGGCCAAUGCCCAGACUUUUGAUAUGGACAUGAUCUUGGCUGCCGAGCCUGUCCCUACCCCUUCUAUUCCUGUCGUAUACGUCACAGGCGAUGCUCCUACAACCACAGCAUCUGCCACUACAGUCUCAUAUGUUGAGACUCAGGCUGCAGCAUCUGUCUCCUCAGAGGUUGUUGCUGCAGCGAGCAGUACUGCUCUCGACAAGCGUGCCGCUUCUACUUGUGUGCCUCAACCCACUGGCAUCUCCUACAACUCCAGUCCGGAUACUGCUUCUGCUUUCUUGGCCGAUGUAUACUACUCGAGUGUCGCUUCUGCUGCACCUACCCCUGCUGAGAGCAGAUACAUGGGUUUCCAGCUGCUGGAGUCUUAUGACACUCAGCUGUGCUCGCAGAAGUGCGACAAGAUCAACGGAUGCCUUUCGUUCAACGUUUACUUCGAGCGUGAUCCAUCUGGUACGAUUCACACUCUCUCUAAUAAAAACCCGACUAACGCUAUCACUNNAGUCGAUCCCAAUGAUGCAUCCUGCUCGUCGCCGUCCUCGGUUACUCAGAUCAAGUGCGUGUUCUGGGGUGGUCCUGUUCUCAAGUCCAAUGCCCUCAACGCUGGACAAUGGCGCAACAAAUUCCAAGUUGUCAUCGCUGGAUCCAACGGCUACGUAAACCAAACCAUUACUCCUGCUGCUGGAUACGAUCAGCCUAUCGACCUUGGUGAUGCUACUAUCAACGCACCUUUGGACUGUUCUGGACACGACACUUUCAUGCAGUCCAAGUUCUUCACCUCAGGACCCUUCGAUGCAAACUUGUGUGCUUCGGCCUGCUCAGCCCAGAAUGUUUACAAUUUGGCUCAUCCUCCUGCUGAGGGCAACCCUAAGACUUGCCAGUUCUUCACUACCUAUCUUCUCUACAAGAAUGGUGUGGCUCUUGGACAAACUUGCUCUCUCUACACCAUGGCUUGGAACACGACUUACAACACCAACAAGGGAUACUACUACGGCAGUGACCACUACACUGUUGGCUACAGUUAUGCAUUCUCGAACACUACUGAUCAUGGUGCACCCUACGCUGCUUGCGGCUCAUCCAGCUCGUCUUCAAUCUCUUCGAGCACCACUCAGACUUCUUCGUCAACCAUCGUCUCUGCUUCGUCCACUACCAUGACCACUUCCACCGCAACACCCACCUCUCUUCUCCCCGACACUUCCUGCAACAAUGCCGGUCUCCAAUUCGCCUACUACCCCGGCCUCGCCAGCACCCAAUGGGACUUCCACUCCCCCAACUACGGUCUCGAUGCCGAAAACUACAAGACCGUGACUCCAAACUACACCGGCGUUACCAACUUUAUCGGCGGCUUUGCUUGGAACACUUACCACCAAUCCUCUACCAUCUACGGUAGCUCUCGCCCUUUCGACCACGANAAAAUGAUCUUGAACCACAGAGGCUAUUUCUUCGCUCCCACAUCCGGCGAAUACACAUUUAGCAUUCCCACCGUGGAUGAUGCAGCAUUUUUCUGGCUUGGCGAUGUUGCGUACGCCAGUUUCAACGAGUUCAACUACUUACUUCUCGACAACCAAGCCAAUGGCACUCAAAGCGCUACUGUGACGCUCACGGCAGGUAAAUAUUAUCCUAUUCGCUUGAUUUACGGUAAUGUUGGUGGUGGACCUGGUAGCUUGUACUUCCAGAUUACGCAGGGAAGUAAGGUGGCGGUAGAUUGGUCAUCGACGGUGUCGCCGUACUUUGUGCAGUUUUCUUGUGAUGGGGUUAAGGGGCCUGUGUAUCCUGCUUUUGGACAGGAGACUUGA